CCUACUGGCCUUGAGAAAGCCCCACAUAGCGGACUCGCAGCUGAUCGCUUGAGCAUCGCUCCUUUCUUCACUCCAAAGCUAAAAUGUCCUCUUUACCGGGGAAGGAGAGCAGCGCUCAGCACGCCACCUACGUGGGACCGUACCGGCUGGAGAAGACGCUGGGCAAAGGACAGACAGGCUUGGUGAAGCUGGGGGUUCACUGUGUCACGUGUCAGAAAGUCGCCAUAAAGAUCGUGAACCGGGAAAAACUUAGCGAGUCAGUAUUGAUGAAGGUCGAGAGGGAAAUCGCAAUCCUGAAGCUUAUAGAACACCCUCACGUACUGAAGUUGCACGACGUGUAUGAAAAUAAGAAAUAUUUAUAUUUGGUUCUAGAGCACGUGUCUGGUGGGGAGCUUUUCGACUACCUGGUGAAGAAGGGCAGAUUAACACCCAAAGAGGCCAGGAAGUUUUUCAGACAGAUCAUCUCAGCACUGGACUUCUGUCACAGUCACUCCAUAUGCCACAGAGACCUGAAGCCAGAGAACCUGCUGUUGGAUGAGAAGAACAACAUCAGAAUAGCAGACUUUGGAAUGGCGUCUCUGCAGGUUGGAGACAGUCUCUUGGAAACCAGCUGUGGAUCUCCUCACUACGCCUGCCCAGAGGUGAUCAGGGGCGAGAAGUAUGAUGGCAGAAAAGCAGAUGUUUGGAGUUGUGGAGUCAUCCUCUUUGCACUUUUAGUGGGUGCGCUGCCAUUCGAUGAUGACAACCUGAGGAAUCUUCUGGAGAAGGUAAAGCUGGGAGUGUUCCAUAUGCCUCACUUUAUCCCUCCUGACUGCCAGAACUUGCUGAGGGGAAUGAUCGAAGUGGACGCAGCCAAAAGGCUCACGUUAGAACAGAUACAGAAGCACACAUGGUACAUAGGGGGAAAGAACGAGCCCGAGCCCGAGCAGCCGGUUCCACGGAAGGUCGCGAUCCGCAUGCUUCCCUCGGCUGAAGACAUCGACCCGGACGUCCUAGAGAGCAUGCACUCUCUCGGCUGCUUCCGGGACAAGAACAAACUGAUGAAAGACCUGCUGUCUGAUGAUGACAACCAGGAGAAGAUGAUCUACUUCCUCCUGCUGGAUCGUAAAGAGAGGUAUCCCAGCCAAGAGGACCAGAACCUGCCUCCACGUAAUGAGAUUGAUCCACCGAGGAAGCGGGUGGACUCUCCUCUGCUGACCAGACACAACAAGCGGAGACCUGAGCGCAAGUCCAUGGAGGUGCUGAGCGUAACCGAGGGAGGAUCUCCUGUUCCUGUACGGAGAGCUAUCGACAUGAACCAACACGGACAAAGGUCCCGGUCCAUCAGUGGGGCUUCAUCGGGUCUUUCCACCAGUCCCCUCAGCAGUCCACGGCCUGUGCGACGCUUUUUUAUUCCCCCGCAAUCCUCGGAGCUCAUGCGGUCACCCAACCACAACCCAAGGCUCAAUGGCACCUUUCAGCCAGGCACGGUGGCGCAAAACUUGGCACAAAACAACAAAACUCAGACGCUCCCAGCUAAGCCCAAAGGGUCCGAAAAAACCCUGCAGAGCACUAGAUCAAACCCGCUUCCAAACACCAUGGCCACGCCGCUGACUGCCAAGUCUGAGCCAUCUACGCCAUCCACACCAUGUCAUCCAACCUCCCCAGCAAUCCCCCUACCCAACAGCCCGAAGGUGCGCCGGCCGCCCCUGACCGCCCCCCACAAGCUUUCAGUGCCACUCUCACAGGCUCCGCCUCUCUCUCCCAUUCGCCUGCACCACCUGCAUCCGCUGGCCACGACUGACCACAACGGCAAAUGUAUCCCCAUUGUACAGGUGACUCCCCAUCCCUCGCCCCGUGCCAGCCCCCUACCUACGCCCAAAGGGACACCUGUACACACGCCCAAGGAGAGUCCAGCAGGUACGCCGAGUCCCACACCACCCCCUAGUCCCUCUAUUGGUGGCAUGCCCUGGAGGACGCGACUAAAUUCCAUCAAGAACAGCUUCCUCGGCUCGCCGCGCUUCCACCGCAGAAAACUGCAAGGUUUGGUGUCAAGAACGUGUCCUGUGCCAACCCAAGAGGAAAUGUCCAGUCUGACGCCGGAGUCUUCCCCUGAACUUGCGAAAAAAUCUUGGUUUGGGAACUUCAUUAAUUUGGAGAAAGAGGAGCAGAUCUUCGUGGUGAUUCAGGACAAACCUCUGAGCUCCAUCAAAGCUGAUAUCGUGCAAGCUUUUCUCUCUAUUCCCAGCCUCAGCCACAGUGUGGUUUCUCAGACGAGUUUCCGGGCGGAGUACAAGUCCACAGCCGGCCCCGCUGUCUUCCAGAAGCCUGUGAAAUUUCAGGUGGACAUCACCUAUACGGAGAGCACGUCCGCCACCAAGGAGAACGGCAUCUACUCCGUCACCUUCACCCUGCUCUCAGGUCCCAGCCGACGCUUCAAGCGAGUUGUGGAGACAAUUCAGGCUCAGUUGUUAAGUUCACACGACCAGCCUGCCGUCCAGCAGCUUUCUGGCAGCCAGUUGACUAGCUUCUUUGACGUAAUUAAACAGCUCUUUUCAGACGAGAAGUCCGGGCAGGCGUCGCAGAAACACGAGUCUGACUCGAAUGCCUCCAAGAGCAAAGACAAAUCCAAGGUGGCAUCUUCAGUCGGGACACAGGAGCAGCCUUAAACCCACCAGUGGUAGUAGAUGAUUAGAUAUAUAUAUAUAUAUAUUUUUUUUUUUUUUUCUAGUUUACUCAUUUAGUUUAGAUCAAAAUCUCAAGUCCUCAUUUGGCCUCUUUUGUCCUCUUUAUCCUCAACACACAUGCGGACACGUGGCGUAUUCACACUCUCGCGUUGCAUUUCAUGUCUUUUUCUGGUACGUUUGUUCUCUUUCUGAUUUUUUUUCAUUUUUGAUGACCUUUUGCACAUUUCUGCUGCCAGGGAUUAUCCAGAAAACAUGUUAGACCCCCCCCGAGUGCUGCUCUCACAUGAGCUCUGUGUACAGUAUGUCGACGGAAGGCGCAUCACACAGCAAGUACAAGCUACGAAUGGGACACACCCCAACAGACUCAUGGGAAAAGAUUUAUAUAUAUAUAUCACCUGGACUUAUUCACUCAUUUCUCUUUCCUCGUACUUGGAGCCAGCUGAUAUGCCAUUUCAUAUUACUAUAUUGAUUAUUGGUGAUUGAGUAUUCAUUGGCUAUAGCUCCUACCUUUACACAACACACACACACCCCAGAUGCAUUGAGAGGAAGAGGAAUCAUCCAGGUGAAGGUGGACAUGAAUGUGCUGGAGGAGCAGACCACACAGACUCUCUAUUGCGGAUUGUAAUACCUUUUUUUUUUUUUUUUUGGGGUUCUAAGUGUUUCUUUAUGAAUGAAAGAAUUUGAACUAUUUUAUGAACUGUGUCAUUGCUGUACAAGAUUUUAAAAUCUUAUUAUGGGCAGAAUAAUACAGCCGAGCCCUAUUCCGGCGGUGCUUUGGGACGGGAUGAGGGGAACAAAAAAGGGAAAUGUUUCACAACAAAUGUUCUAUUCUCCUGUACAGCCUGUAUAUGUUUAUUACGUGUUCAAACCUCGUCUUGUUGUGACUCUGCUUGGACUGAUUGUGUUGCUUUUUUAUUUUAAUUAUUAUAAUUUUUUAAUAUGUGGUGAAUUUUUUGUCAUCUUGAAAUUAAAUUAAGCAUUAAAUGAUUUCAUUGUAAAUGAAUUUAUUUAUUUUGUAUUUUUUUGCUAGGACUGAGUUUGUUCCUUUUUUAAUUUAAAUACAAUUUAAAUUUUUAGCUUCAUGUACUGAUAAUUUUUUUUUUGUCAAUUUGUUAUG